CCUGUCUGCUCGGUGUUUACCUACACAUUGUUUACUUCGACUCAAAUGGACGUAAAGGGAACAUGACAUAUCAGGAUGGGUAGAGUUUUGUGAAGUAGGAACUCUACAGUUUGAUGAUAAAGAUCAUUAGUCAUCAAUACCUGGAAGGUUGUUGGACAACUGUUACAUUUCUUCGUUAGGAUUGGUACACAUAUUGAUAAGGGGACGUCAGGUGUAGUUGGGUAUUUCUGUAUACCUUUAAGGACAUGGAACAUUUUAACUUCUGCACCUGGAAACGCAACAAUGUAACAUAUACAUACAAUGUAAACUACAGGUUUGAAUUGCUUUGUGGUGACUAUUGAAAAUGUAGGAGAUUUGUUUCAUGGUUGAUAAGUUACUUGUAGUUAUUAUCAAUGAGCCCUGUGAUGAAUCAUUGCUGCUUUUAACUUCAGUAUUUUUAUUUCAUGUUUUGAGGACCCGUACAUUAUAAUUAACAACUGACACGUACAGCUUUAGAAACAGAUCUGAAGAACAUGUUUAAGCUAUAUCUAUAGCAGAAACUAUGAUUGUGGUAAGAAAUAGAGAACAAAGGAAAAACAGAUGGUAGAUUAUUACAAAAUGUUGUUUAUGCUAUAGGUCAUAAGAUAGUGAGUCUAGUAUUUUAACACUUACAUAUGAAAUACAUGUGGUAAAUAAAAAUGUAUAUGUGUAUACAUAGCUGUCAAGGUUGACGGGCACCACACUGUAUAGAUCAUUAUAUACAGGUUCUCGUGCAGUCCUGUAAAGUCCACAAUUAACCUCUUUCACGAAAGCUGUGGUCUAUGAUACAAGCACUCUGUGACAUAGAAUAUCUAACAGAGCCGGCCAGGCUGGUCAGACUGUAGAAACAUUAAUAUGAUGAGUCGAUCAGUGAAACAGUGUUCAUGUUAAUAUUACGAAAUUUUCUGAGCAGUUAAACUGAUAUGCAUGAAUGAAAUUAUUUGAAAGAUAUAUCUUUCAAAUAUAUAUAUAUAUAGGCAGCUAGACGUGCAUGUCUCUGAUUAUACAUGUAAAUACCAAUUAUAUACAGGCAGUCUGUAUAUAGCACGGAGAAGCUGAUUACGACAGAUUAAGGAAUUUUAGUGCUGAUGUAACACACACUAAGUAACUGUUGACAUUAUAUUGUAUCUUUUAUUUCUGGCGCAACAUCGGUCAAAAUAGACCUUCAUGUAUCACGAUCGCCGGAUGGAAUACUUGGAAUCUGGAAGUAUUUAAUACUAGUCGUGAUACUUCUUAACAAGUUCAUAAUCACCAGUUACGGAAGGAUUGAGAACCACUCUGUGAUGUUUAUCAGCUGACAAUAUACACAUCAAUAUAUAGUUUCUAAAAAAUAAAGUGUAUACAAAGAGCUGUGCAUUAUGAGGCUAAUUAACAUCAGACUUCAUUGACCUCAGUUUUAUACUAGCUGUGUAUAUAUAUAUACGUAGUAAAAUAUAAAGUGAACAACAUGACUCGCUCAAAUAAACGGAAACUUGAGCAGGAAAAAGCAUCAGAGGAAAAGUUACUGGAAUAUGAUCAGCACAAGCAAACAUCUUCUGGGGUAGUUAAAACAAAAACUCGGUUUAAAAUGGAGGACAAGGAGAGUAAGGAUGAAAACGAUGGAGUAUUGGAAGCGUCCAAAACUCUUGAACACUAUGGUACACCAUUGACGUAUGAUCCAACUUUCAAUGGACCCAUCAAGAACAGAUCCUGCACUGACAUUAUAUGCUGUCUACUAUUCCUUAUAUUCAUUGGAGGAUUUGCUGGAGUAUCUUACUUAGCAUUCUCAAAUGGAGAUCCCUAUCUACUGCUUUACCCAGAGGAUUCUAAUGGAGACUUGUGUGGAUACGGCAAAAACAAGGGGAAAGACUACCUGUUUUUCUUUGACCUCGUUCAGUGUGGAAGGAUGGGUGUGGGUAUCUUCGUAUCAGGGUGUCCAACUCCACAGGUGUGUGUAUCGUCAUGUCCCGACACAAACUAUGCCUAUAUCACUGAUGCUGCUUCAAGUGCUGACCUGCAGUACUGUAAGACUGGAUACGACCAAUCUCUAUCCAGGCUAGCUCUGGUGGAGGGCGACCAAUGUCCUGCCUACUUCCUGGAGAGUUCUCCUCUCAUCAACAGGUGCGUUCCGCAAGUCCUGGUUGAUUUCCUGGAUGUGGGAGGCAGCCUCCUUUCCAACGUGCAGUCAAGUAGCAUUGCUUCUAAAAAUGUAACAGACUCUAACAACAAUGCCAUCUCGAUUGAGUCCCUGGCCGAAAACCUUGACAUUUUUGGAAUAUUCCUCAAAGCCAAAGAGUAUGGAGAGAAGAUAGUUGCUGACAUUGUGUCGACUUGGUGGAUGAUGCUUGUAAUCCUGAUCCUGAGCAUGAUUGUCUCCCUUAUAUGGAUCAUCGCUUUGAGGUUUAUCGCAGGCAUCAUGGUGUGGAUCACUAUAUUUGCCUUUUUGGGAUUGUUUGGCUUCUCUACCUACUGGUGUUUUUGGACUUAUGCCAAUCUGGAAGGCAAUGAGGAGUUCAGUAUCCAUGUUGUAUCUAUUGUCCUCCACUGGUCCAAACCUGACAUGUUCCUGGCAUUUGGAAUCAUCUCGGCUGUAAUUUUACUGAUUAUGUUGAUUGUCCUGUUGUUUUUGUGUGUGAGGAUCAGAAUUGCCAUAUCACUCAUAAAGGAGGGCAGUAGAGCCAUUGGGAAGAUGAUGUUUACUUUGAUAUUCCCGAUAUUUCCAUUCGCUCUACAGAUAGCAGUGUUGGCCUACUGGUUAGCUGUGGCCACAUACCUGGCAUCGACUGGGAGAUCGCAGGACUUCUCAGUGAAUGAGAACAGCACAGAGUACUGGAACCAAACAGCCAAUGAUUGGAACUAUCUCAAAAUUGUAGCGGAAACAUCCUCACUGUUUGGAGAAUCUUGCACAGGAAAUACUAACAGUACCACCAGUGAUUUCUGUACUUUUUUGAAGAAUGUAGAAGAUAAUUUUGUGCUAUAUGGACAGGUGUACAGCCUGUUCAUGUUUUUCUGGCUAUUGAACUUUGUGAUUGCCGUUGGCCAGAUGACAUUAGCUGGGGCUUUUGCCUCCUACUACUGGGCAUUUGAGAAACCAAGAGACAUUCCAACCUUCCCAUUGGCUGCUGCUCUUUGGAGAUGCUUCAGGUACCAUCUUGGUUCUCUAGCUUUCGGGUCCCUCAUUCUGGCCAUAGUGGCCAUGAUCCGAGUAUUACUGGAGUACGUUGAUGCGAAACUCAAAGGCACUGAAAAUCCAGUCGGAAAGUUUUUGAUCAAGUGUUUAAAAUGCUGCUUCUGGUGUCUUGAGAAAUGUCUCAAGUUUUUAACCAAAAAUGCUUACAUCAUGGUUGCAAUACAUGGAAAGAAUUUCUGUUCUUCUGCCAAAGAUGCCUUUAUGCUGAUCAUGCGAAAUAUAGUGAGAGUUGCUGUUGUGGACAAAGUGACUGAGUUCAUUAUGCUGCUGGGGAAACUGGUGAUAGUGGGAGCUACAGCUGCUGGAGCCUACUUCUUCUUCAGUGGUGGUAUUGAUUUCCUGAAGAACUACACCCCCACUCUCAACUUUUAUGUUGUUCCUAUUGUGAUAGUGACCAUCGUGUCGUAUGUGGUUGCCAGCUGUUUCUUCAGCGUCUACUCCAUGGCUGUGGACACCCUGUUCCUCUGUUUCUUGGAAGAUUUGGAAAGAAAUGAUGGCUCUGUGGAGAAACCAUUCUACAUGAGUAAAGAUCUGAUGAACAUCCUUGGCAAGAAAAACCUGGUAAUGAAGAAGGGGUCACAAGGAGAGAAUUUCUAAAGACUAAAUCACCUUGGUAAUAGUGUCGUGACAAUGUGUUAUACUGACGUGGGUGAGGUACUGGUAUGGAUAUGAUGCCACAGAAUGAUAUUUCACAUUGGAAUUGAAACUAGUUAAGUGUCCAUGGAGGCCUACAUGAUCAAAUUGACAAUCAAUUAGAGUGAUUGAAUUGGAAUUAUAAGUUUUGUAUUUGAUACGCAUCAUAACAAAGCUACACAUUCAUCAAUUAUUGAUAAAUAUUUGUUUUUGAUAUGAUAGUGAAGCUAUACACAUUCAAUUAUGAAUAAUAAAUGUUUGUUUUUGAUGUGGUACUCUCUAUUGGCUGCACUUUAGAUAAUGAAGGAGUUCUAGCAUAGUUGUUGUGAGAGUUCAAUUUUCAGAAUAUGUUGGAAUGAUAUACGUCUACUUUUCAUAUGCUGUAGUUGCAGCCUGUAUAUCACCCUACAUGUUAACUCAUUCACCCCUGUAGUUUCAUAAUGAACUAUUCCAACCUUUGAAUUGGAAGAGUUCAAAUGUGUCAUCAGGGGUGAAUGAGUUAAAGCAACAUCAUCUGGAGUGAGGUUUAUUCAACUUAAAAGUAGCAGGAGCUGUGGUAAUUUUGUACCAAAUAUGUUUCAAUUUUCACAAUUAUAAAAAAAUAUUUUUCUGUUUCUGUUUUCUGCUAAAAUUUAGUAAAACAUUUAAAAGAUCUCUAAUUCGAUAGUAUUAAAAGUAAUUGAAUGAAUAUUUUUUGUUAAAGUUUCCGUUCAAUAAUUAUGCGUAUUCGAGACACAAAAUUGCUCAACUAUUUAAGAUUUCUGUUAUAUUGUAGGAGUAGAGAUAUGGCUCUCCGAACCGACAUACUAGGAUAGAAAUAUUGUCAUGCUCAGUGAUACAAUGUUAUGUUAGAAGUGGAGAUGAGGAUCAAUGUAAUUGCAGGCUUUAAUAGUCCCAUAUGUGAUGUACUCAUAUUUAUUAUAGACUUGUUUUAAGCUUUCCAAUAUUUUUUGUAAAAAAAAUAAAAAUGCAAAUAACGAAAAUGGACAUUGAUCAAAUAUGGAGUCAUCUUAAAACUAUAUACUUUUUUCACUUGUUAUAAUAUAUUUUAAUUAAUAUAUAUUAUAUAUGUUUUAACUUUCAAAUUGUAUGUUGAAUUGGUAAUUGUUAUCUCUCUCUCACAUGAUAAAUGAUAAGUGAUGAAAUUUUGCUACUGAAGUACAGAAGGAGAGUUGAAUAAGAUAUUGACCAGCUUGAUCAGGAAAUUACAAUUAAUAUACUUCAUGAAUAUCCAUAUAUGUCUGUUAAUACAGUAAAAGAGAAACAUGUUUUGAUCGUUGAUGAUCUUGUAACAAUAAGUGAAAUAUCGACAAACAAGAUCAUCAAAGCCUUGUGUCAUAUACAUUACAGAAGUCAAUGCUUGCCGGACAUACUUGUCUCAUUUUUGUCUGAUUUAUAAAGAACCUGAUUGUUUCAACAAUAUUUUGAAAUACAAUUGCUGGCAAUAUCAUACAAUUUUUGAAAACAAAUAUAAUACAAAUUAGCGCAGUUGUCCAUUGGAAGAGUGUUUCGAGCUAUGCAUGUUUUGUAAUGAUACCAGUAAAUCUGUCCAUGUAACCUGUGAUAUAAACAUUCUGGAGUCCGAGACACUUUAACUCAUGUAUUAUAUCUAUAACCUGAGGUAGUAACAAUUCGCCAUCACAGAGAUGAACAGCAAUACUACCCGUUAUGGUAGGACAAAAGUACUCCAGGAUAUUUACAUGAACUUGUAAAAUUCAAAAUAACAUUUCAGUGGACAUUUCCAACUUUUAUUCAGCAUUAACAUAUUGUUUUUAAUCCCGCAGAGACUAUGUUUUUGUUGAUAAAAAGCUGGUACAAGGGCCAUGUUAAUGAGCUGAUAGAAGGGCUUUCAGGUUCCAAAUGUAUAAUAUCAUCAUCAAGUACUUGCAUAAUUGAAUACUUGUUACUUGAAAACUGAUAUCUGAUUGCUUGCGGGCAGUUUGCACAAUCACUGGGUUACUGACAGCAAUUGGCAUUGCAUGGCUUCAGUGUGAAUAUAUAUAAAAGUUGAUAGCCUGCUGUCAGAUCCCAGUUGAAUCCUUUAUUUUUUUAUGAUUAUUACUGCUAAGACUGGACAAAAAUAUUGUUUCAACAAUAAUUGGUGGUGUGGCUCACAAUAAUUGGUGGUGUGGCUCACACAAUCUUUAAUGAAAAGUUUGCUUAUGUUCAGCAUAUUAAUAUAUUGUACAGUAACUGUAGGGUGAUUGUAACCAUGUUGAGCCAUCAUUCCUAUGAUAAAGAUUUAUCUAUUGUACAUUGUAUAUAAUUUUCACAUUUCACUUGAUUCACUAUCAUAGUGUUUGUAAAUAAUGUAUUGCUAAGUUAAUAUGAUUAAGAUGAUAUAAUUAAAUCGUUUUAAAAUAAAUAUAAUUAUAAAAGAAAUGGUUCAGUACCAGUAGCUGUGAUUAUCAUUCGAUGACGUUUCCUACAUUAUACAUUGUGAUACAUAUAAUUUUGUAUACUAUUAUUCCUAUAUCGAAAACAUCUGUUAUUCCUAAAGUGAAAUACUGUUAUUCCUUUCGUGAAAUUAUGUGAUUUCUGUAAUAAUAUACUGUUUAUGCUAUUUGACAAAAUACUGUUAUCCUUUUGAAAUAUUAUUUUUUGUUAAUAUCUUAUCUUGCCCCUAGACCUAAUUAAGAAGACUGGCAAUAUAUAGUGUUGUUGUUAUCUUUGUUAAUGAAUAUUAGGAAGGUACUUCAAGUUACAUAUGGAUGUUCACGAAAUCCUCAUGCAGUAAUGUUUGUAUGGUAUACGUUUACCCAUACGUUAUACCAAGCAUUAUGCAGACCAUUUCUGUGUGGUUAGAAUUCUAAUAAAUCGAGAUUUAGCCAAAGUAUCACAUUUGUGUGGUAUUGUAUAGUGUGAGAAAGCUGAAAUGUAUUGAAUAUAUGGAACUAUGAUACAAUGUAGUUUAUGAUGUACACAAAGCUCCAUUAAAAUAUUUCAAAUCGAUGCGAGUUAUGCGAGUAGGAGACACUUGCUAGUCGAUACGUUCAUGUGAACUAUCAUUUUCAAUUUAUUUUUCUUUACAAAAUACGCCAGUUUCUAAUUAAUUGAUUGAAAUCAAAUGUAAUAAUAUAACAGCGAUUUCAAAUGGGUACUGUGCUGUUUUUCUCUGCUUGAAUUGAUCCCUGAUCGUGAUGAUGGGAUCAAUGAGCCAUGUAUAUUUGAAAUUGGUCAUUUUGAUUAAUUUAGGUUAUCUCAUAUGCGUUUUGUUGACAUCUAUGCUAUGUUGUUUUGAACUUUAAAUCAAAAUGGGUGGUUAGAACCAUAGCACAACCAGUUGUGUAAUAUAUAAUGGGAAUGAAAUUCUGCACACCUGUAGAAUCGUCUGUAUUUUCAUUCACGCGGAUUUGUAACUGAUGAAAUUCCAACGUGUUAUUAAACUGUAUCAAUAUGUUAUUUAAAUUUUUGAAACAAAAUUCGUUAAAGAGACCAAACGUUUUUCCAGACAGCUUUUCUGAUGUUUAUCCAGUAGUUAUAUACAGAUGAUGGCCGUGGCUUAUUUGAGAGUAUCCCUUGAGCAGUUCUGUUCACUGACAAAACGGACAAUGAAUAAUAUACACAGAAUGCUGGGCCCUAAUUCGCAAAGCCUUCAAGAGUCGUUAUCGCAUAAAGUAGAACUAUUUUUAAGUCUGUAUUUAUUUAAAUACUAGUUGAACAGUUCAUUUUUAUAGAACUCUUGCGUCAGAUUAUAAUUUUCAAUCAUUAGCUGUACAAUAUGUAACGUUUGGUGUUACUCUUGAUUAACCUGUAAGCAGUAUUGCAGCAACCGGACCAAACUGUUGUAUCUGUAACAUCCAUAGAACAAAUAUUUUGGAUCAUUACUUGAACAAAGAACUUAAAUAGGUUACUGUUCAUAAAUAGCAGCUAUCAAGUAAAUCCAUGCAGUAGAUUCUUUCGUUUCAUUCCGUGGAGUUUUGUAGACGCAACACUAAUAACUGUGAAAUAUUGUUAUUUGUAAUGAAAUCCGACAUGCAUAUGUUUCUUUAUAUAUUAUUUUAAUUAACGAGGAAAAUUAAUCUUACCAUUUUAUAUACUGUACAUGUAAUAUUCUUAUAUAAAAUCAACAUAUCUCAUUUUGAUUAAAUUUGGAUACUUUUAUUUACGUCGACUAUUCAAGGAAAUUUUCUCGGUGCUAUUAAACUAAUGACGUCCAUUG